AUGGGAGACAGAUUCCUACCCCAUCAAUAUGAUCUGAACCCCACCGGCAUAGCAGGCCUUAUCGGCCUAGGAAUCCAAAUCGGCCCCGCCAUCCACGACUACAUCGCGACCGCCAAAAAAGCCGAACAAGACAUAAGCUGGUACGCAGACGAAGUCGACGCAUUGAUAGAAGUCUGCGUAUGUUUAGACGACUUUCUCAAAGCAGACGCCGUAUCGCAACGGAAUCAUUUCCGAACAACGGACUCGGUUCUCGGCCGUACGGUUACAUCUUGUGAUGCGUCGUUGCGCAAAUUGGGAACCUUGCUUGCGGUUCCGGUGGAGUGGACGCAGAAGUUGAAGUGGCCUUUUAAGAAGAAGAAGGUUGAUGAGAUUAUUUCGAGACUUGGGAGGUUUACGGCGCUGUUUCAGUUUUCUUUGACUGUUGAGGGGUUUACGGUCCUUUCAAAUACACCCAAAGAUGUCGAGGAUCUUUUGAAAUUACAGGUAGAAGCUUCACAGAAACUUCACGAGAUUACAAAAGAUAUCGAUGCGCUCUCGGUUAAUGCAGAGAAAUACCGCAGCACAGCGGAGAACAUGUCUUCAAUGCUCGAGGGUAUCCAGUCGUUGCUAUCCGCCUCUGAUCAACUAUCAUCUAUCCAGCGUGAUGUAGGUAGUAUCAAGAGACAGCUCACUGAUACGUAUGAUAUGGAAAUCCUCGAGUGGCUGUCACCAGAGCAUGGGCGUGGACGACACUCCGAAGUACGCUCAAGACGAACGCCAGGAACGGGGAAGUGGCUGGUAGAUACGUCGAGCUUUCAGAACUGGAUUGAUAAAGAAUCGCUGCAGAGAAUGCUUUGGCUUGUUGGUGAUCCGGGUUGUGGCAAGUCGACUUUACUAUCCUUCGUCGUGGACGAAUUGAAAGAAUCCCACGCAGGAGACGAAAGUGCCAUUGCAUAUUACUACUGUGACUACAGAGUUCAAGAUACACAUCCUCUCGUCGCUGCUCUUGGAGCUCUCCUCCGCCUACUACUCGAACGCAAGAAGAUCAUCCCGCCAAUGCUGCGCGACACCUUCGAGAAAUCGCGACAUGAAGGGAGAAAGCCAUUCCCCUCGGAGCUAAAGGAGAUUCUCUUCUCUGUCACGGCAUCGUUCGAGGAUUGUUUUAUUCUUAUCGAUGCCAUGGAUGAAUUUAGUAUCUCUGACACAGCACAUCUCCCCCAAUUCAUCCACACUUUAGACGAACUUGCUGCAUCUGGCGUCAAUAUUCUAGUAACGAGUCGCGCACCGCCAAGUCCGCCGUUGAAAUGCGAGCAUAUUGUUAAAACGAUUCAUGCAAAUGAGACGGAUAUCAGCAGCUAUGUUGCCCACGCUCUGCAUACGGAUGAUUCCUUGGUCGACAUCCUUGAUAAAUCUUUGGAGAGAGAUAUUAGUCAAACGGUGGUUGAACAGGCAAAGGGGAUGUUCCUCCUCGCCGUCCUCCACCUCCAAAACAUCCGAGGCCAAGUAACCCGCUCCGGCGUGCGCAAAGCCCUAAAAACCCUCAGCGGCGGACUAAGCGACGCCUACAAAAAGACCUUCGAAUGCAUCGAGCACCAAUCGCAAGCACGGCAAAAAUUAGCCUUCGACUCACUAAUGUGGGUAUCAGCAUCGUACCGUCCGUUGAAAAGUCUCGAGCUCCAACACGCACUGGCAACACAACUCGAUGACGAAGAAUGGGAUCCGGAAAAUAUUCCUUCCCUCAGGUUGAUUAUUAGAAGUUGUUGUGGUCUUUUGGCUGUUGAUGAUCCUGAUAACUCCGGGUCUGAUGUGCGUUUGGUGCAUAAUACGCUUCAUCAUUAUUUGUUUACUUGUUUGCCGGAGUGGGAGGAUAGAGCGAAUCGGCUUAUAACUCUGACUAGUUUGACAUAUCUUCAUUUUGCAUCGGUGCAGGAUCAGCAUAGCAGCGACAGCAGCGGCAGCAGAAGAAGAAGCAGCGGUAGUACCAACGACACCAGCAGCAAGAGCAAAAAAUCACCACGACAAAAACUGAUUCUAACACCCUUCGCCCGCAACAACUGGGGCCACCACGCCAAACGCCUCAACGCCUCAAUUUACGAAAAAACAAGCCCUAACCCUCCUAUCAAACCGCUUCCGACUGUGCAUCAUAUACCCGAGAAGCCCACGCAUAACCGGCCUCCAUAUAACAGCCACAUUCGGCUUAACACCCUUCUCUCGCAAAUUCCACAACCUCAACAACGCAAUAACCGUGACACCCUAGAAGUUACAGAAGCACUCUGCAAAGCAUGCAAACACAACCAUCUAGACUGCGCAUCAAUACUCCUAUCUCACGGCGCAAGGCCCGAUCCACCGGGGUCGAGUAUAACGCCACUAUACACCUGCGUAACCAACCAGAACCUGGAGUUGGUGACCUUACUCCUUGACUCCGGCGCUGAUCCAGAUCGACCUUGUGCGGAUGGGUGGACGGCUUUGCAUAAGGCGGCUGAUGAUGGGAAUUUGGAGAUCGUGGGGUUACUUGUUCGGAGGGGGGCUUCUUUGAGUCGAUAUUCUGCGCGUGGAUUGACGGCUUUACAUCGUGCUGCGGGUCGGGGUCAUGUUGAUGUUAUUGAAACUUUGUUGGCGAAUGGGGCGAAGGUUGGUUGUAAGAGUUCGGAUUGGUGGACGCCGGUUCAUGGGGCUGCUUCUGCGGGGAGGACGGGGGUUGUUUCGUUUUUGAUUGGGUAUCAUGAAAUGCAUUCUGGCGGUGGUGGGAGCAGCAGGUGGCCUGGCGAUGAUUUUGAUGAGAUACAGAGUCAAGAUCAGAGUCAGAAACUGGCUGAAAUUCCUGGUGGUGUGAAUUUCCGCACGAGGAAGGGUUGGACUCCCCUUCAUCUUGCUUGUCAGGGGGCGCAUGUUGAUACAGUUGAAGCAUUGCUUUCUGCUGGUGCGAGUGUGAGUGUUGUGGAUAAGGAGGGGGAUUUGCCGUUGCAUAUUGCGGCGAGGGAAGGGAAUACCGGGAUUAUGGAGGUUCUUUUGCGUGGGGUUGAGGGGAGGGCUGGACAGUUGGAGUGUAAGAAUUUGAAAGGGUGGACGCCGUUGCAGGAGGCGCAGUUGAGUGGGAUUUAUGAGGCGGAGCAGAUGCUUUGGAGGUUGAGUGGGUUGAGUUUGGAGAGUGCCAGUGUCCAUGGUGAUUCUGAUUCUGAUUCUCGUUAUGGCCUCGUUUAUUCCGAUGCUGCUAUCCGAGCGGAAGAGUUGGCCAAGGCGAUUCGAAUGGAUGAUGUUGAGGCUGUUUCUGAGUUAUUGGGUCUUUCUGGUGGACAAGUGAGGGAUGGAGAGGUUGUGCAUGAGCAUCAGGCAUUGGAGGCGAGGAAUCAAGGAGGUCGCUCGCCGCUUCAGCAGGCUCUUCUUUUUGGUUCAUUGAAAGUCGCGAAAAUGCUUCUGGUUUCUGGAGCGAGUGUUCAUGCGAGAUCGGAUCCGGGGCAGUGGUCUGCGAUUCAUUAUGCUGCGCUGUCGGGUAAUGCCAGUGCCGUGGAACUGUGCUUGUCGAAUGGAGCAGAUGUACAUGCCCAGACUCAACAAGGACAAACACCUUUGCAUCAUGCUUGUCGACGUGGCUCGGAGGACACGGCGAGAUUGUUGUUGGACCAAGGUGCACGGGUAGAUGCUGUCGAUGAUCGCAAUUGGAUGCCGGUGCAGGUUGCUGCUGCUGGAGGUCAUGAACGGGUUGUCCGGUUGCUACUGAAAGAACGAGAAAAGGACAAGACUGCUAGAUUCAUAGAUAUAGAAUCGAUCCAGACGUGUGCAGCACAGGGAGGACAUCAUGGACUGGUGGAGCUGACUCGGAAAUGGAGAUAUUCCUGGUUGACAUAG